UGUGUUUGAUGGAUCGCGGGAAAAGAGCAGGAAUAGGCUUUUGUAGGCUACUGUCCAAGCUAUAUCUUCCAAUGGAGCGACUGAUGUUGGCAUCCAAAGAUUAUCCAAUUUGAAUAAACGCUUGGAGGUUGUUCAAAAAUCUAAAUGUGUAUUUGAAACCAAUAAUAGAUGAAUUCAAGAAAUUUAAGGUGCCUAUCAAUCAUUGUUUUUGAAACCAGGGGACAGCCAGUGAAAAAUGCGAUCUUGCAACAGCAGCAUAAAACAUGGCGGAUAAACAGGAUAAGAGUGAGCUGAAAGCAGAGCUGGAGAGGAAGAAACAGCGCCUGGCCCAGAUCCGAGAGGAAAAGAAGAGAAAAGAGGAGGAGAAGAACAAGAAGAAGGAUGGGUCUGACUCGAAGCGGGAAGGGGGUGGAGUCGGUGCAGCAGAUGACUCUUCUGACCUGGAGAAGAAGAGGAGAGAGGCUGAGGCUCUGCUGCAAAGCAUGGGGAUCGCCCCUGAUAUACCCAACACCAAGUCAGUGGGCAGCGAUUCUGGAAGCCAGGACUCUGGAGAUGGAAACUCUAGGACGUUACCCUGGGAUCCUGACACCUCUACUCUGCAGCUGCACUCUGACUCUGAACUACUGGGGCGAGGUUUUAGGCUUGGCAUGGCAAAGGUGACCCAGGUGGAUUUCCCUCCAAAAGAGAUGGUGUCCUACUCCAAGGAGACACAGACCCCCGCCGAUACACAAACACACACCCAGGCUAAACCAGCAGAGGAGGCGGAGGAGGAAGAAGAGGAGGAGAUGGUCGAUCCCAAGCCAGCAGAGGACUCCCAGGAAGAGAAAGCUGAUGAGCAGAAGCAGGAAGAAGUCCCUCCCAAGGAGCUGACUGAAGAGGAGAAGAUGCACCUGCUCAACUCUGAGGAGUUCAUGACCUUCUUCGAUCGAGGGAGCAGGAUUGUAGAGCGGGCUCUCUCUGAGCGAGUGGACGUCUGCUUCGACUACAGUGGCCGAGACCUGGAGGACAAGGAGGGUGAGAUGCAGGCGGGGGCUAAGAUGUCUCUGAGUAGGGUGUUCUCUGACGAACGUUGGUCCAAGAACAGAGUGGUCACCUGUCUGGACUGGUCUCCUCAGUACCCUGAGCUGCUGGUGGCCUCCUACAACAACAAUGAAGAUGCUCCUCAUGAGCCGGACGGAGUGGCUCUGGUCUGGAAUAUGAAGUAUAAGAAGACCACACCCGAAUACACCUUCCACUGCCAGUCUGCGGUGAUGUCAGCGGCAUUCGCCAGGUUCCAUCCUAACCUGAUUGUGGGUGGGACUUACUCAGGCCAGAUCGUCCUAUGGGACAACAGGAGCAACAAAAGAACAUCUGUACAGAGAACUCCCCUGUCUGCAUCCGCUCACACGCAUCCUGUGUACUGUGUGAACGUGGUCGGGACCCAAAACGCUCACAACCUCAUCAGCAUCUCUACUGACGGAAAGAUGUGUUCUUGGAACCUAGACAUGCUGUCUCAACCACAGGACAGUCUGGAGCUGGUGUUUAAGCAGUCGAAGGCAGUAGCAGUGACCUCCAUGGCUUUUCCUCUGGGUGACGUCAACAACUUUGUGGUUGGGAGUGAAGAUGGAUCCGUCUACACCGCCUGCCGCCACGGGAGUAAGGCAGGCAUCAGUGAUGUGUUUGAGGGACACCAUGGUCCAGUCACUGGACUGAGCUGUCACAGUGCCGUGGGUCCCGUGGAUUUCUCCCAUCUCUUCAUCUCUGCUUCCUUCGACUGGACCGUUAAGCUGUGGACCACCAAGAGUACCCGUCCUCUGUAUUUGUUUGAGGACAGCUGUGACUAUGUGUAUGAUGUCAUGUGGUCUCCCACUCACCCCGCCCUCUUCGCCUGUGUGGAUGGAUCAGGACGGCUGGACCUGUGGAACCUCAACAACGACACAGAGGUGCCCAGUGCCAGUGUGGUUGUGGAUGGGUCUCCUGCUCUGAACCGUGUGCGGUGGGCUCACUCAGGGAGAGAAAUCGCUACAGGAGACUCAGACGGGCAGGUGCUGGUCUACGACGUAGGAGAGCAAAUCUGUGUGCCCAAGGCAGAUGAGUGGACCCGUUUCGUGCGCACGCUCGUGGAGAUCAACGAGAGCCGAGACGAAGGAGACGAGCUCGCCGCGCAACGCCUACUCGCCUGAUCACCAUGGUAACAGGGUUACUUUGGGGACCACGCCCCUCUUGCUUCCAAAUCCUCCCUCUGGUUGGAGCAGGUGUGAUGUCUAUCCCUCAGGGUUCUAGAAGGUCGACAGGGUUCUGUCCACCGCUCCAACUCAAGUCCUUUUCUAAAUAUGCAAAACGUACCUUUUUACUACUUUUUAUUUGUACAUUUUCCAGACGUAUGUAUGUUCCCUAUGGUCUGACGAUGUGUGUUAAACUGAUGGUGAAGAACAGAAAAAGAUCACCCACGCUAUGCGCAUUCCAACCUUCAUACACAAGGACAGCCAUGUCCUCAUACUUUAGCAAAAUUUUUAUUUAUCCAUGCGUUUAUAUCACAUUCGGUUACACACAUUUUUAAACAUAUUACAUAUUUCUGCAGAUAACGUUACUAAUAUCCCCUACCAUUAACAUUACACCUAAACCCAAAAAUAAAGCUUUUUAAAUUAACUAAAACUAUUCUUCACGGCAAGUUAUGAACCAAAGUUUUUACUUUCUUUUGGUAAUGUACCUGUCUCUUAAUGUACCUGUCUCUUCGUUCUCCUUCCUGAAAGCAUGAAUAAUGAAAUCUUCCCACAUACGAAGAUGUGGACGCAAGCAGAGCCAUAGAUACAGUACCUCUGGAAAGUAUUCAGACCCCUUGACUUCAUCCACAUUUUGUUACGUUACAGUAUUAUUCUAAAAUGUUUUAAAU